CGGACUGUCAACAACCGAUAAUCUUUUAGUUUAACGUUUAAACUUUAACCUGCCGGUGCUUCUCAUGAUUACCGGAGGAUACAACACACACAGCUGGAGGAAGACGCUGAUGUCUUCAUGACUUCAUGAAUUAACCGAACAGCCGUCGACACACAGCAGCCUCUCAGUGACCAGUGAGACCAGUGAGACCAGUAUGGCUGCUGCCAACACCACCAAGAUCUCAUGGAGACUGCAGGAGUUCGAGGCUCACUCCAGCAGCGUCUCCUGUCUGGCUCUGGGGAAAAGCUCUGGCCGCCUGCUGGCCACCGGAGGACAAGACUGCAGGGUCAACAUCUGGGCCGUCAGCAAGGCCAACUGCAUCAUGAGUCUGACUGGUCAUAAGAACCCGGUGGAGUGUGUCCAGUUCAACCUGUCAGAGGAGCAAGUCGUAGCUGGUUCACAGUCUGGAUCAAUACGAGUCUGGGACCUGGAGGCCGCCAAGAUUUUAAGGACUCUGAUGGGACACAAAUCCAACGUCACCAGUCUGGGCUUCCAUCCGUUUGGAGACUUUCUGGCUUCCAGCUCCAUGGACACAAACAUCAAGCUGUGGGACGUUCGGAGGAAAGGAUACGUGUUCAGGUACAAGGGACACACUCAGGCUGUGAGGAGUCUGGCUUUCAGUCCUGAUGGGAAGUGGUUGGCUUCAGCCAGCGAUGAUUGUACAGUGAAGCUUUGGGAUCUGACUCAGGGGAAAACCAUCACAGAGUUCAGAGCUCACACCGCUGCCGUCAACAUCGUCCAGUUUCACCCCAACGAGUAUCUGCUGGCGUCAGGCAGCUCGGACAGAUCCACGAAGCUCUGGGACCUGGAGAAGUUUUCUAUGAUCGGAUCUCUGGAGGGAGACACGAGUCCUGUCAGGUGUUUAUUCUUCAGCCCAGACGGCGGCUGUCUGUUCAGCGGAGCCACAGACUCUCUGCGUGUUUUCGGCUGGGAGCCCGACCGCUGCUUCGACGUGGUUCCGGUCGGCUGGGGCAAAGUGUCGGACCUGGCAGCCUGCAACCAGCAGCUGAUCGGCGUGUCCCACCAGCUGUCCAGCGUGUCGUCCUACGUUGUGGAUCUGAAGAGGGUGAAGAAGAGCGGCGGCUCGGUGAUCCAGGGAAUCAUUCAGGACAACCAGCCGCUCACAGAGCCGAAGGAUCCGAGAGGAGCCGCGCUGCGCAGGAACUACGAGAGACCAACAACCACCUGCAGCACCCAGAGGGUGAAGCAGAGCUCGGACGCUGACCGGCGGAGCCCCGAAGGAGAGCGACGGAGCCCCAGCGAAGACGAAGCCGACGAUAAAAACGUUUCUUCAGCCGAGAUCCACAACGCAGAAGACUUCAAGGAGAUCUUCCAGCCCAAGAACGCCAUCUCUCGGACUCCUCCCAAGAUAUCAGAACCGUUUCCUGCUCCUCCAGAAGACGAAACAGUUUUGGCGAUCGGCCGUCAUCUGAAGGACAUGAUCGCUCCUUUUCCCGACAAGCAACUGACUACUCCCCUCGCUUCCUCUACUCCGGUCCAGCGGGUGGAGCCGACAGUCGUCUCCUGUGUGAAGCGUCCCGUCUCUUCACCCAUCGCGGCCCCGGCGUUCUCUAACGUCAGCGACCCUCCUCCUCAUCCUCAUCAUCCUCAUCCUCAUCAUCAUCAUCCUCAUCCUCAGCCCGCCGUCACUGCCGCCAAAACUAAACCACAACCCAAAAUCAUCCUGAGCACCAGGAACGAGCCGAUCGGACUGAACGUGGCCGACUUCCUGCCUUCGUCUCCUAACAACCGCGGCGUUGCCCUGAGCGACGAGGAGGCUCUGUCUCAGAUUAAGAAGGGUCAUGACACCAUGUGUGUGAUGCUGAGCAGCCGACACAAGAACCUGCAGACGAUCCGAGCUGUGUGGGCGCGGGAGGACAUCAAGAGCGCUCUGGACACCGCUGUCUCUAUGAACGAUCUUUCUAUCGUAGUCGACAUCCUGAACAUCAUCAACCUGCAGCCGUCGCUAUGGAAACUGGAUCUGUGUACGACGAUUCUCCCUCAGAUCGACAAACUGCUGCAGAGUAAAUACGAGAGCUACAUGCAGACCGGCUGUACGUCUCUGAAACUCAUCAUGAAACAUUUCUGGAUGCUGAUCUCUGACACGCUGAAGGCGACGCCGUCCGUCGGAGUCGACAUCACACGAGAAGAGCGGCAUCAUAAAUGCAGAGUUUGCUGUAAGCAGCUGAAGAAUCUGAGCAACAUGGUGAAGAACAAGGCGGUGCAGGUCGGUCGUCAUGGCAGCGUCUUCAAAGAGCUGCAGCUGCUCAUGGCGCCGCUCGACGACUCGCUCUGACGCAGACCCGUAACCAUGGAGACCUGCCGAUCAGCCUAUCAGCCGAUCGGCAGACGGACUGAGAUCGGACAGAGACUUCGCUGCACUUUUGUUGUCGAGUCGAUAAAAGUGUUAAAAAAAAGACGUUUAAAUCUUUUUCGUCUCAAAUCAGAAUCACAAAAAAAAGUUUCAGUCUGACGAGCUCGACCGAACCUCGUUUAGUCUGGAUCCUCCUGAGCCGGUCGGACGCUGCGUCAUGUGACACCGAGCUCGUCACCACGACACCGAUGACAUCACUGAGAUCGAUAAAAAAAAACACCUUCAAAUUAAAACAGGUUGCAGCUCGUUGUCGUUGUUGUUGUUUUAGAGGAGAUCCGUUAGUUUAACACACACGACGUCACACUUCACAUUUAACGUCUGUCAGAACACACACAUUCAAUAUUUUGGCUUUUAAAGCUUCGGUCACUUCCUGUUCACAUAGAUCAACACUUUUUAACGAUGCAACCUGAUUUAAUAAAUCACUAGUUUGUGACCCACCGGGACUGUUUAACCAGUAAAUCCAUCACUAAGUGUCUGUGUUAAACCUUCAGUAACAACAAUAACUAGACUCUAACUCAACUAAAGAGCAGAGAUGAAGUGCUUUAGUCUGUACGAACACUAAACAAACACACGAUCCACUCAGUGUUAGACGGCAGAACGCUGUCGACUCGAUAGAAGAACAAAUGAAUUCAGAAAUUAAACUGAUUUAACGUUGAGUGAAGCAGCGACGUGUAAAAGUUUAAAGGAACAGUUCAACAUUUUAUAGAGAGGGUCUAACUUGUCUCUGUUAAAGCUCCAAAUAUCAUUAAUUAACAUGUGAUAGAUCGCUAUGUCUCCUAGGCAACCAGCGCUGAGUUUUCGCACUAAUUAAAUAAAUAAGUCGUAAAUGUUAAAGGAACAGUUCAACAUUUUUUUAGAGAGUUGGGAGAAAAGAUUUGGUUUGCAAGAUUGGUUUGCACUCUCGUAUCUAUCCGAUAAGUUUGAUGCAAACCUGUCUUUGUUAAAGCUCCAAAUCUCGUGAUAUCUCGUCAUGUCUCCUAGGCAACCAGCGCUGAGUUAUUACACUAAUUAAAUAAAGAAGUCUUAACGUUUUAGGUGCUGAUAGACGAGCUGUUUCGGGUCUUCGUGCUAAGUUAGCAGCUGCGUCCAUUAAUCAAUUAGUCCAUCGACAGAAUUACUAAACAACUAUUUCUAUAAUUGAUUUAUUGUUUUAGUAAUUUUACAUCAAAAAUGCCAAAAUUCCAGCUUUUCAAAAGUUAAAGGAACAGUUCAACAUUUUAUAGCGAGUUGGAAGAAAAGAUGGUUUGCAUUCUCGUAUCUGUCCGAUAAGUUUGAUGCAAACCUGUCUUUGUUAAAGCUCCAAAUCUCAUUAAUUAACAUGUGAUAUCUCAUUAUGUCUCCUAGGCAACCAGCGCUGAGUUCAUGAUGUUUUCGCACUAAUUAAAUAAAGAAGUCUUAAUGUUUUAGAUGCUGAUAGACGAGUUGUUUCCAGUUAGCAGCUGCAACGAUUAAUCAAUUAGUCCAUCGACAGAGUUACUAAA